UUGACCUUCAUAUUUUUAUCCAGUAGCCCUACAAAACCCGAUCCGACUCGGAAAAGGGGAAUUUCGCUCCUUUUAGUUUCUUGGGCUCAUCGUCUUCUUCCCCAAAUUCUCUGAUCUUGUUCACUCUCCUGUUAAUUUCAGAUCGAUUGUGUUGGAAAUAGGCAAAGAAAUAUGCCUCAGAGACACUCGAAGAACAAUAACGAUUUAGCCUUCUUCACCUAUGAUGAGAAGCGGAAGCUCGGCUACGGAACCCAGAAAGAGAGACUCGGGAAGGACUCCAUCAAACCUUUCGAUGUCUGUUGCUUAUGCUUGAAACCCUUCAUCGACCCCAUGUGCUGCCAAAAGGGUCACACCUUUUGUAAACAAUGCAUUCUUGAGUGCCUUUUGGCUCAGAAGAAGGAUAAUCAGAGGAAGCUUGCUGCAUAUACUGCUCAACAAAAGCAAGAGAAGGAAGAAGCAGAAGAGAAACUAAUGCAGCAGAAAGCUAGAGAACUUGAUGCAUUCGAUCAACAAAACCAUGGUGCUGUACCACAAUACAACGAUCGAAACCAAAGUCGGGACAAGAAUGGUUUCCAUGGGGCAAAUAGUGUAAAGGUUACUUCUUAUGAAGAAGAAGCACUCCGAACCAUGAAGGCAUUUUGGCUGCCUUCAGCUACACCAGAAGCUCCUGUUAAAGCAGGAGCCCCUUCAAGCAGUACAUUCUGUCCAGAAGGAAAUGAGAAACUUAAGCUAAAGUCCCUUUUUCCUAUACAUUUCACAGAGGACAAUAGUGAGCAGAAGAAAUCAAAAUCUUAUGAUGUUACAUACAUAUGCCCUAGUUGUAAGGUUACUCUAACAAACACAAUGUCUCUUGUGGCCUUAACUACAUGUGGCCAUGUCUUCUGUAAGAAAUGUGCUGAUAAGUUUAUGGCAGUGGACAAAGUUUGUCUUGUGUGCAACAAGGGAUGUAAAGUAAGGGAUUUGGUGAACUUGGAGAAAGGAGGCACAGGGUUUGCUGGCCAUGGGGAUUCACUUGAAGCAAGAGAUUUCAAGCAUUUAGGAAGUGGUUCUGGUUUGGGGCUGGUGAGGCCUGCCAUGAAGACUUAAGACCCAUCUUUGAUUAGGAAAUUAAAACCACUUGUCUGAUCUACUUCAUGAUUGUAAUUUUCUUCCAUGAUCCUUUCUGCCUUUUUUACUUAACUAAUUAGUAUGUGGUCUUGUAAAAUGGAAAUAUCAACAAGAAUCUUUAAAAAUGAUUUAUCCAAGGCUUAUAAAGCUAUCUCUUUCUCUCUC